UGUCCACACUCUCUCUUAUUAAAAUAGACACCAUCGGAGGUGAACUACACAUCCCGGAGUGCUCCUCAUAACCCCUCCGAUCCGGAUCUGUGUGAUUUUUGGCGCUGAGCAGCUGCAGGAGAGACCGACCAACAGGCCUGGACUAAAAUUUAAAAAGAGAAAUACUGAAAGCAGGGUGCUUUUGUUGAACUAGAGGAAGAGGGAGCUAGAGAUUAUUGUUGUUAUUAUUAUUAAGAAAGGCUGCACACUGGAGGGGGCGAGAACUGAACAUAUCUAUCGGUGGCAGGGUUUCUACUAACCGCUCCAGUCCCUACACUGAGGAAGAGCCAGGCUUUGGGAUUGGGCAGCAACCAGAUAGCGUAACACCCCCUCCUCCUCUCUGUUGAGAAUUGCGUUAAAACGAAAAAGGAAAAGGCCUGCGCUUUAUCUAUAACACAGGGAUUUUUUUGAUUUUUUUUCUCCUUAUAUUAUUAAACGAGGACCCGUUGCUGGCUGGUGUAUGUGUUUAGAAUGGGACACGCUGAAGGUCCAGUCAAAGAAAAAGACAGUUAAGGAUGCAGGAGCCCAACAAUGGAUUUCUCCUUCUCUUUCAUGCAAGGGAUCAUGGGAAAUACAAUUCAGCAACCCCCUCAGCUCAUUGACUCAGCCAACAUCAGACAGGAAGGCACCUGCGACACCGGCAGUGAUCCAGGCGAGGAUGGUGGUCCCUCCUACGAUGCUGCCCUGGAUGCAGAGUUUUCCUACCCGCCGUCAGCCUCGGAGGACAUGUCGCAGGUCUCCAAUGGCUACCCGCCUGGUCUGGGCAUGUACGAGCCGCAGGCCAAGUUCUCCAUGUACUCACAGUUCCCCAAUGGCUCAGCUAAUGGCUACGGCGCCAUACGGAGCUAUGGAGAUCACGGUCUUAUGCCGGGAGAGGGGACGGUCCUGAGAGGCCCAGGCCUCCAGGAGAGACCUUUGUCUCCUGUUUCCCCACCUCUGCCCACACAUCACCCGCACCUCCACCACCACCAUCAUCACCCCCAUCACCACCACCCCGCGCACCAUUUCCACUCAAACCCACCCCACAUACAAACCCACCCUCACCCACAGAGUCCCCCGCCGCCACCUCUCCCCUCCCAACACCACAUGCCCCAUACGCCUCACAUCAUGACCCACACUCUCCCUCCUCCUCCCCCAUUGCUCCUGCCCUCCUCCAGUCCUCCCCCCUCACUCGUGGACAGCACCCCGUCUUCUCAGCCCUCCCACGCCCUGUCCAACACUCCUGGUGGGGUGCUGAAGAAAACCAGCUCUCCAGAGAUCAAGCUGAAGAUCAUAAAGACGUAUCAGAACGGGAAGGAGCUGUUUGAAUCUGCGCUGUGUGGAGACCUGCUGCAAGAACUGCAGAAGGAGUCUCAGAAGAAGGAGGCCACUCAGAUGCAGCGCAGACAUGAGAGGAAGAAGGAGAAGAGGAAAAAGAGUGCGAGGCUGCAGCUGCAGGUUCAGGAACAGAAGCUGGACCAGGGCCAGGCACAGGCAGGUACCACGGAGCAGACAGAGGACAUCCACAUCCAGCCCCAGCCGAUAGAAACACCCCCAGCCCAGACAGAGAAGCCUCAGAAGACCGUUAUCAAAACUGAACCAAAGACGCCAAAGGUUCCGAAGGUCCAUCAUCCGUCAGUGAUCCAAGAGACAGGCUUCUGUAAGGAGUUUGUGAUAGGAGAUCUGGUAUGGUCCAAGGUGGGAACCUACCCCUGGUGGCCCUGCAUGGUCUCCUCUGACCCGCAGAUGAAGGUCCACACUCGCAUCAACACCAGAGGUCAUCGAGAGUAUCACGUUCAGUUCUUCGGCAGUGUGGCUGAGCGAGCGUGGAUCCAUGAGAAGAGGAUAGUGCUGUACCAGGGGAAGCAACAGUUUGAUGAUCUUCAGGCUGAGACUCUGCGCAAGGCCACAAACCCUGUAGAGAAACACAAACUUCUGAAGCCUAUCCCUCAGCGGGAGCGUUCUCAGUGGGAGGUUGGUGUGGGUCACGCCGAAGACGCCUUCGUGAUGACGCGGCAGGAGCGAAUUGACAACUACACCUUCAUCUACGUUGACCCAGACCCUAAUGAAGGCAUGCCCAGCAAGAAACCCAACAUUAGGGCUGAGAAGAGAAACCGGCGCUCCAGCGGGUCGGUCAGCAAGAAGGAAGAGGGAACCGUGAAGUCACCAGAGAGAGAGCAGCCGCCGCGAAGGCUGCUGCCACGCAGGCAGUGCAGUGUUUCAAACACAGAGGACAACACAAACUCCCAGGCUUCAAAUGAAGAGAAGAACCAGACCAGAGGGGGGGACCAGCGUAAGACCAGUUCCCCGAAACGGAACGCUGGUUGUGAUGCACGAGCACAGCAGGACUCGCCGCCACCAGUCAGGGCCUGGAAAACAGCGGCCGCCAGGAAGUUGCUGCCUCUAUCCAUCACCAUGAAGCGGCUGAAUGUGGAGAUCACAAAGUGUGACUGGCCUCUCCUGCAGAAAAAAGCAGCUGCAUCUCCAAAAAAGGACCGAGAGGAAGAGAAGGAGGAGAGAGUGGAGAGAGAGGCCCGGCAGCCCGACCUGGGGUACUGCUCACCUGAGGACAGCAGAGCUAAACCUGAGCCCAGUCCAGAGGAGGAGGAAGACGGGGACGACGGGGAGGAAGAGGAGAGGAGAGGCUCCCCCGCCAGUCGGAGGAGUGAGGAGGGAGGAAUGCAGCAGACCUCCUCUCCUGGAUCACACCACAGUAGUCCACAUGGUUCUCAGGAGAGGAAGCUGCAGCGACGGUCAGUCAGGAGCAGGUCUGAGUCAGAGAGAGGCAACGAUCCCGUCCCUAAGAAGAAAACCAAAAAGGAACAGGCUGAGAUGGCUCCUGAGACCACACUGAGGACUGGUUCACAGAAAGGAGCCAGUGAGAUCUCAGAUGCCUGCAAGCCCCUGAAGAAGCGAAGCAGAGCGUCAACGGAUGUGGAGAUGGCUUCUUCUCAGUAUAGAGACACCUCUGACUCUGACUCCAGAGGCCUCAAUGACCCACAGGGUUUAUUUGGGAAGAGUCUUGAUAGUCCAGCAGCUGCAGAUGCAGACGCAUCAGAUACUCAGUCUGUGGACUCCGGCUUGUCCCGUCAGGACGGCAGCACCGGAAAGAGAGACACCGUCUGCCAGAUCUGUGAGGUAUACGGAGAGGGUUUGGUGGUGUGUGAAGGUGACUGCAGCAGACAGUUUCACCUGGACUGUCUCGGUCUGACGUCCCUACCUGAAGGCAGAUUCACCUGCUUAGAAUGCAGAAAUGGCAAUCAUCCUUGUUUUAGCUGUAAAACGGCGGGGCGGGAGGUGACACGAUGCUCUGUGUCUGGAUGUGGUUGUUACUACCACGAGGACUGUGUCCGUAAACUGCCAGGUACCACCAGCAGUUCGGGCGGAGGCUUCAGCUGCCCUCAGCACAGCUGCUCUACCUGCUGCCUGGAACGAGACCUGCAGCGAGCCAGUAAAGGUCGUCUGAUGCGUUGUAUCCGCUGUCCGGUGGCCUAUCACACAGGAGACAGCUGUGUUGCGGCAGGCAGCGUCUCCAUCACCCAUCACAUCAUGAUCUGCAGCAACCACGGCAGCGCCAAGAGGAACGGCCUCCUCACCUCCCCUAUCAACGUGGGCUGGUGUUUCCUGUGUGCUAGAGGACUGUUAGUGCAAGACCUUACUGACACCAUAUUAAGUUCAUAUGCCUAUAAGUCCCACUACCUUCUGACUGAGUCAAAUCGUGCUGAGUUGAAAUUACCUAUGAUUCCCUCUCCUUCGUCAGCUACCAAAAAGAAUGUUGGGAAAGGAGGCAAGUUGCUGUGCUGUGACACAUGCCCAGCUUCCUUCCACCCGGAGUGUCUGGAGAUGGAGAUGCCAGAGGGGGCGUGGUCCUGCAGUGAUUGCAGGGCAGGGAAGAAACCUCACUACAAACAAAUUGUCUGGGUCAAACUGGGCAACUACAGGUGGUGGCCAGCAGAGAUCUGCAACCCUCGCUUGGUGCCGUCAAACAUUCAGAGCCUUCGCCACGACAUCGGUGACUUCCCUGUCUUCUUCUUCGGCUCCCACGACUACUACUGGAUCAACCAGGGUCGCGUCUUCCCCUACGUGGAGAAUGACAAGAACUUCGUCACGGGUCAGAUCAACAUCAACAAAACCUUCAAGAAAGCUCUGGAAGAAGCAGCCCGGCGGUUUCAGGAGCUUAAGGCGCAGAGGGAGAGCAGGGAGGCUUUAGAGCAGGAGCGCAACUCUCGCAAACCUCCACCGUACAAAUUCAUCAAGUCCAACAAACCAGUGGGAAAAGUGCAGAUGCACGUAGCUGACUUGUCAGAAAUCCCACGAUGCAACUGCAGACCAACAGAUGAGCAUCCUUGCAGCCUCCACUCCCAGUGCCUCAACCGCAUGCUGCAGUACGAGUGUCAUCCACAGGUGUGUCCUGCAGGAGACAGCUGUGAGAAUCAGUGUUUCUCUAAGCGGCUGUAUGCAGAGACAGAGGUGAUAAAGACAGAUGGACGUGGCUGGGGUCUCAGGACCAACCAGGGUCUCAGGAAGGGUGACUUUGUUACAGAGUAUGUGGGAGAGGUGAUCGACUCUGAAGAGUGCCAGCAGCGAAUCAAACGUGCCCACGAAAAUCAUGUGACCAACUUCUACAUGCUCACCCUCACUAAGGAUCGUGUGAUCGACGCUGGCCCCAAAGGAAACUCCUCUCGGUUUAUGAACCACAGCUGCAGCCCAAACUGUGAAACCCAGAAGUGGACGGUAAAUGGAGAUGUUCGCAUUGGACUCUUCGCCCUCUGUGAUAUCGAGGCUGGCACAGAACUGACAUUCAACUACAACCUGCACUGUGUGGGCAACAGGAGAUCGUCUUGUCACUGUGGAUCAGACAACUGCUCUGGAUUCCUUGGGGUGCAGCCAACGAGCGCUGUGGUAAUGGAGAAAGAGGAGAAGGCCAGGAACGCCAAGCUGAAGCCGAAGAAGCGGAAGCUGCGGCCAGAGGGUAAACACACGCACGAGUACUUCUGUUUUUGCUGCGGAGAAGGAGGCGAGCUGGUGAUGUGUGACAGAAAGGACUGUCCGAAAGCGUACCACCUGCUGUGUCUCAACCUCACCAAGCCGCCAUACGGACGUUGGGAAUGUCCGUGGCACGACUGCAGCAUUUGUGGGGCCCCGGCCUCAUCUCUUUGUGACUUCUGCCCCCGCUCUUUCUGCCGGGAUCAUGAGGCGGGGGCACUCACCUCCUCCUCCCUCGAAGGCCGCCCCUGUUGCUCUAGUCACAACCCCGCCAGCCCCCUGGGCUCCAGCUCGACCCAGCAGCGCCGUGCCGCCCUGAGCCCUGUCAACGUCAAAGAGGAGCCGGAGGCGGGCCAGCCGGCUUCAGAGUGACAUCGCAGCUCCCUCAAUACCUCAUUCCCUGUAAAGUGCGCUCCUGUUGGCCCCCCCCGGGCUCUGAUCCACCUCUGAUCUGAAGCAGUGCACCACGAAAGGGAAUACAGUGCUUUUUGACCAGUGCGAUGGCCGAGUUGAGACACACAGGCGAACACCUCGAUGCCGAGUGUCGGCAGGGGAAGUGACCAGGCAUCAUUGUGCACAGUUUUCUCUCCCUUCUCUUGCUACUAAAACACCACUAUGAACGCUCUCUACAGCUCACCUGUGCCCAUCGGAGGGCCCGGGCCACCACCUCAUUAUGUUUCUUUUUUUAUUUUUACAGCUGUAGAAAUUUUAAGUGUUGUCACGUCGUCAAGUUACCGGCACUUUUCAGAACUCAGCAAGUGAGGUGGAGGUGGAGGUGGAGGAAGAGGUAGAGAGAAGAGGAGGAGGAGGAUGUGAAGCUUAACCUCUCCACCGCCACGCUGCUCCUCUCCUUGUUCACCUGCUGUAAGCUGUGGUCGGCAUCUCACACACAGGAUGGCUGUACAGAGAUGAGCCAGCCUUCGUCCUCCUUCUUCUCCUCCUCCUCCUCCUCCUCCCAAACAGCCGACCAUCACUCCAGACGUGAGCCGUCAUCGUAUUUAUCUCUUCUUCUUCGUGGAGGAAAAAAAGGGGGGAAACAACUGAUUUUGUGCAAUUUUUUUCAGGACCACACUACAUUCCAACCUUCCUUAGACAUGGUUUUAAUAUACUUAUGGGUAUAGAUGAAUAUAAUUAUAUACAGUAUCUAUGUUUGUUAAUGUUUACAGACAGAUUCUCUCACUUCAUCUCGGUGAGUGGUGUAUUAUGUUUGUUUGUUUAGGUGUUAAGCAUUACGCAGACCUCCUUGUGAAAAUAGUCCUAUUAAGGUGAAAUAUAAUGGUAUAUAGUGUAAUGGUAUGACAUUACAGAAGUACUUGUGAUUUUCAUAUUGCCAGUCUCACUCGCCAUUGUGUACAUAAUUGGCUCAUAAUAUUGUAAAGUACGUAAAAGACCAGGAGGGAUGGAGCCUCGCCUCUCUGGUUGUUCCUAGAAGAAGGAAACGCUUUUUUAAACAACAAGACAGAUGCUUUUAUUUUCUGUUUUGUUUUGUUUUUUUUCUGUUCCCACAUUUCCUCCGAGCGGUUACCGUUAUUUGUGUUGUAGACGGAGGGGCUCAGUUUGUGAUCACUGGUGCUGUCUUAAAGUAUUGUUCAUCAGCCUUAAGUUGGAUUCUGGCUGUAGUAACUACUGCCCAGAUGCAGUCCAUUUCAGUAACGUCGUGUACUGUGACCGCUUCGAUGCUUGUUUUUUUGUUUUGCCAAACUUUUCUGAAAAGCACUUUUACACGGCUUGUCGCUACACGAUUUAGCUAGGUCAUAACAUAUACAGAAAUGUAUAUUAAAAGAACAUAAGACAAGUGUUUCAAAAUGGAUACCUCUUCUUCUUGUAGUAACGUCGGAAUUUAAACUGUGUUGUAACUUUUUUCCUCUCAGUCAAAAACGUGGUGAGUUGCUGGGCGCGUUUUUUUUGUUUGUUUGUUUUGAGGAAAGUGGCCUAAAUGCUGCUGGUUUCUUUUGGCACAAGUAGGAAUGACCGCCAGCCUGGCUUCAUACGGAAAAGUCCACGUGAGGUACUCCUUCAUUUUCCACCUGGAGAACAUCCUCAAGGCUGGGCUUUCCAUAAAGACAUAAUGGUAUAACAACAGUCCAGUAUGAUGUACAAAUACAAACUCCUGUACAGUGUUUUUAAUCGCUCAUCUGUCAGAUCCAAAUUUUUUGUAUUUAUUACACCACAUUUUAUACCAAUUUGUUUUUCAGACACCAGUGCAGUAGCUUGUCUCCCUCUCCACCACAGUGUAAGUGAAAUAGACUAUUUAAAAAAACAUUGGGAGUUUUACAUAAUAUAUCUGUAUUUAGUCAUUGCAUUUUUUUUUAUUUUUUUUUAACAUUUGGUGUAAUGAUUCCACACUUUGGUAACAGCCGCUGCUCAUCGACUUGUAUCGUGACUCACUGUAAUUGGUGUUAAAAGCAGUGUGAAGCAGUUCAAUAUAGGAAUGUAAAGAUUCAGUUUCAGAGGAGUUUUUGUGCUGUUUCUUUUUUUAGCCUGGACUCAAGGACGUUUAUUUGUAAUCGCGCCUCAACUUUUUGCUUGUGACUCUACCCCAGUUACAUCACUGUUGUGUUUCUGCCCUUAAAAGAUUGUUUUUUGUUCUGUUUGUUUUUUGAAGCCUCUCGACAUGGUCGUGUUAAUAGUCAAGCCACAUGGUAAAACUGUGCCAGUGUUUCCAAACCAUUUCAGUUAAUUUGGAGUCUUGACAAAUGCAGAGUGCAUACAUUCAGUUGCCAGUUUAUUAGGUACAGUGAGAUAGAUCUAACGCAGCAUAAUGCACAAGUCCUGCAAUAAAUCCACCUCUGGGAAUUCAGAACCAGUUCCAGUAUUUCCAAUCCAUCGUAAUCAUACACCUCCAAGCUUAUGAAACCCUUUUAUCAAUGCAGACUUGUUUCUCUAACAGUUGCGCAUUGCAAAACUGAUGUCAAACUCAUGCGUCUUCACUGCUGAAAACUGAAAACAAAACAGAAGGUAGAAAUGGUCCCAAAGCGCAGCUAAAUUUCAUGAAGACAGAUGACAGUGCUGCUUUUAGUGUCUGUAAAAUGAUAAUUUAAGGGUGGAAACACCAGCAAACAACUUUGACUAACAAAACCUAAAUAAAAACUAAUGCUGUAUUCGCUCAUUUCGUCCAUUUUAGAUGAUUCGUGGUAGACUGUUCCUACAGCUUCCUCUCAGGCUACAUCCGGCUUGACUCGAAUCAUCAGCUCCCUAUUUAAAGCAGAAAUAUUAUCAGGAAUCUAUCAGAGAACCGUGAAAGAAUUGGACCGAUAAGUAGAAUCGAUAAAGGCAUUGGUAUGAAAAAUAUUUUAUCAAUUCACAUCCCUGUUUAUGAAAAUUAAAAUGUUUAGUUUUUGUUGACACUGCUUCAGAGAGGUGUUGAGACUGCAGUUUGUGAUACUAUUGAACUCUGCUGAGCUAAAUUGAGAGAUGUUUCUAAUAUUUUGUUUAGUCUCAUUGAUGUUAACAUGAUGGACACAAUAUAAGAGAUACCUCUGUGUUGAAUGUCACACAGUUCACUAGCACCACAAACUACAUCAGAGCGACUACAACACCUCUAAAACAGUUCCAUCAAAAACUAAGCAUUGUAACUUUUGUAAAGGAUUAAUUUCAGGACUGUUUUAUUAAAUGGCAUUAGUUUUAGCGGGGUGUACCUAAUUAACUGAGUGUAAAUCAUGAAGAAAAAAGACUAAAGAAAGGGGAAACAAGGGGAGCCACUGCAUGCAGAAAAGUGAGAAAGUUCCAGACAUGAUUGAAGACAGAAAAAUUUAUUUAAAUCAGACACAGUGAAAGUCAAACACUGAGGUAAAAUAACAAUAAGCCAAACACAUUUUUAAGGGGAGGGGUCUUAAAUAUAAUAAAUAUAUGCACAUAUGUAGACAUGCACUUAAUCAGAUCAAGAACUCAGAAAAAGGCUUGCUGUUAUUUAUUACAAUAAAUUACUGUAUUUGCACGCAAAUUUAAAGGGAAAACCACCUUCUUUUUUUUUUAAACUGGACCCUGUUUUCCUGUUUUUGUGACAAAUGGAGACAAUAAUUUUUGAAACUGGUUCAGUAUUGAGAGAGAGUGUUGCAGCCGCAGUGCCAAAACAGGCUGCAACACUCUCUCUCAAUACUGAACCAAUGGGCAAUCGUGCACUGUCAAUUUAUGUCCAUUAAAAGUGCUUGUUUUUGUCUCUGUUUGGUGUCUGACAAUGUUAUGUAAAGGAUCCAGUCAGAGAAAUGAAAUGUUUUUCUUCACCUAUAGCUGGUCUGUUUGUUAUUGCUACCAAGUCUUCCUCAAGGAGGAAGGAAAGAGGCUGGAAAAUUAACAGUUUAGACGUUAGUGAGAGUUGAGGAGAGGAGUGCUGGGAAGAGUUUAUUGUGCUUUCACAAGAUUUUCAAUAUCAUGGUGGAAUAUUUCAUGAGUUUUCAGAACUAGACUUCUCCUUCAGCGAGACUUAGCAAAAGAGCAGAAAAUGUUUAAUUUCUCUGUAGGGAUCCUUUCCAUAAUGUUGUCAUACACUUGUAAUAACAAUCUGAGCCUGUCAGUGACAAAAACAAGCACUUUUAGUGGACAUAAAUUGAGGGUGCACAAUUGUCCAUAGUGAUUUUAUUGCAGCCUGUUUUGCCUUUCUUAAUUCUGGACCAAUGUCAAAACUUGUUGUCUCAAUUAGUCACUUGGACACAGAUACAUGGGGAAAAGGGUCCAGGUUGAAAAAUACUUAAGCUUCCCUUUAACUUAUAAAUUUUUCUCAUCUUCUGCAUUCAACAGCUGCUCUUGUUCUUUCUGUCAUCACUGACCCUUUUUGUUCUCAUGGACUCCUGAAAAAGACUGAACUUGCUGAUUUCUUGCUGCUCCCAAAUUUGCCAAACUUUCUUGCCUGAUGUCACACAGAAUUGUCAAUUUGGUGGAGUGGGCAGCUUCAAAGGUCUGGACCCAGGCGACAAACUGUCCACAUUCAGAGACACAUUAUUAUUCAGUAGUCAGCCGUAGGAAUUAGGCCACUUCAGUACUUGUUCAGUAUCAGGUAGGUGUGUCAUGAAGUCACUUUUAUUAACAAACUGAAAACGAUCUGCAUGUCAAAACUUGAAUUUUCUUUAGUUUUUUUUAUUUAUUGGUGUUUUUUGUGAUAAUCAGACUGCAGGCAUCCUCAACUCUUGUGUUUGUGGCUUCAGAGAAACGGACUGAUGAGUUGUGAUUAUAUAACUGGUCUUAAAGCCUUUUCUUUGAUUUUCAAGGCGACUGUUCAGCUGAAAUGCAUGUGUCCAACAUCAGACACUGGUUUAAUCCACUUCAGUUCGAGAUGGUCUUUAAAUGCCUGAUUAUUUGUUUUUACCACAUUGCACAGAGAUGUGCAACAGCCUUUUUUUUGUUUUGUUUUUGCACCUGCACAUCGCAUGAUCCUAAAUUAAUUUGUGCCAUUUUGUCCUCUUCUGCCCUUGUCAGCUGAUACAGCAGCAGUAUUACGUAUGCCUCAUUUAAGUGUCCCAGCGUGCAUCAUUUCAAUCACUUAAAAUAUUCUCUGAUGUGUAUGUUUUGUUCUCAUUGUAGUGCCCACGUUUGUUUUCUAAAGAGACAGCAUGUUUGUUCUCAUUUAAGUGACCCUUAAAUACGCCUGAGGAGGAUUUUUCUAAGUGUCCAGGAUUAUUAUUUUUUAUAUACACUUAAAAUUUGGGACGGACCCCCCCUUGUGUGUCAAAGGGUAUGUUUUAGUUCACUGUGACGUCUUUUGGUUUUGUGCAAUGUCGCCGACUGUCUCUUUCAAUUGACAUGCUGUCAAAGGAGAAAUAGUGUUGGAAUAAAUAAAUAAAUUCACCUUCAUAAGCACUCAUCUCUUUUUACUUGUAGUAAAAUUACUUACAGUAACUCUAACUGGGGUCAUAUCUAUCUCUCUUGGUGUUGCUUCAAUUAAAACGUGGAUGAACACAAAAUACCAUGUUGAUUACUGUUCAGCCUGUGUUACUGCAUACUGCAUAUUGUUGAAGAACUUGUAAAUAGUUUGCAUUGAACUUGCAUAGACUCAUGUUACUGUGGCGUGCUCUUUUUGCCUGUACAAUUCUGCUUCUAAAUGUGUGUGACUGUUGAGACGACACUCUUUUUGUACAUGACUGUCUUUUUAUUUGAGAAUAUUGAUUCUGUCCUUUUUCAUUCUAAAGUUGAGUUUGAAGAGUUCAGACAUGCCUGAAGUUUGACUUUAAUAAAGCUGUACUCUGUCUCAGUGAAA